AUGAAUGACUCUCUACGCCCCGGUUUGCAGCCGGUUUCCCAUCUCAAGGCUGGACCAACCAUCUCAAGCUCUCGGUCCACCGCGCAACCUUUCUCAGUUCAGCCGGCCUUGACACGACCGUCCUCUAGACUGCGCAUGCCGCGACAAUCUAUCCGAGAAGAUCCGGUUGACUCUACAAGCGACAAGGCUACUGUUGCUUUGAUCCGACGCGUCCUCUGCCCCCAAACCAGCGGUCACGGCGCAGCAUCUCCACUUUAUGCCCUUCUUGCUAUAAUUAUCAAAGACUUCGUCUACUCGUGGUACUCGAAGAUCACGUCGGACCAGGCCCUUGUUAAUGAAGUCCUUCAAGUCGUUGCACAUUGCACACGCGCUCUGGAACAGCGAAUGCGACGGGUAGAUGUUGCACAGUUGGCCCUGGAUGAGAUUCCCGCCCUGCUGGAAGCGCAUAUACUCUCCUACAGACUGGCUAAGCAACAGUCACACCUAUCAGGACUUCCAACGUCGCAUCGUGCGCUUUACCACGAAUUGAACCCCCAUCCUGCCCUAUCACCCGUCCCAGACCCUACCGAUCCUGAUACGAUCAGCGCGCAAGCUGAAAACGAAGCCGUAUAUCGGAGAUUACUUGCCAGUGGGACUCUCGCUGUUCUUCUGCCGACGGAGGAUCUGGAAAACAGCAGCCUACGCAUGCUAGUGAGCGACAUCCUAUCGGAUUUGAUCUUGGGCAAAGAAGUUGCCGGCCGGGUCUGCGAAGGAUGGUUCUUCUGGGAGGCUAUUACGAAAGUCACGGCGAUAGUGAGCCAGAAAACUUCGGGGCAUACAGGCCCCGUCAAUGAUGUGGCCGCAAGUCGACUAGCGAGAUUUGGUCUGCUCCCACACGAAGACAAUUCGGCCAAAUCCCCGCCAGCCACCCAAUCGCGUGCCACCAUCUGGAUAUGGACUGUUCUCCAGAGUAUCUAUCUUGGUUACGUUGCCUUGCGUUUCAUCGGGACGGGUCUGUUCCGGGUCGCAUCGAAUCCAGGACAGGGAUACUCGCACGGAGCCGGUGUGUCAUUUCAUGCUGCAACGCCAGCCCUUCCCAAGAGGGAGGGCCUGGAUUCAUCGUCGUCAGGCGGAGUCACAGGUAAGCGCCCGGUUCUCGACUACCGGGUGUGCUCGAUGAUGUCGCAACUACUGGGCAUUUCGCAACGAAUGCCGUGGCUUUCCGGGCUGCUUGCCCUCGUUAAACACCUGAUUCUGGCAGGACCAGGCAGGCUCGGCGACGCAGAGGGGGUCCUUGACAGAUUCCUCCAAGAAACCAUCGAGGAGUACGUCCUCCCCCCCACUUUGUUGCCCAACCUUCUUCUCGCAACACGGUCUGCCCUCUUCCCGACCAAUACCCGCUCAGCUGCCCUUGCACCGGCUGUGAAUACUGGAACAGCUCGGGCUCCGGCUCCGCAGUUGUCCGUUCAGACCCCGACGCCCGGCGGGAAAUUCCCCCUCGCCGUCAGUGCGAUUUCCACUUCAACGCCUUUUUCGGAAGGUGUCUGGGCCGCUGGAGUGGAUGCGAGCGACACAGUUGGUAAAGAUUAUACCGGCCAUAGCGACAGCAGCAGUGUUGGGGUUGGAGUUGGUAGUGGCGGUGAUCAUCUGCCUACCCCAUUAUUAUCGUCGUCAUCGCCAACACUUGUAACGACACCGGCUAUCGAUAACGUACAACACGUCCAACACGUCCAACACGUCUCCGCGGAUGUGUCAACCGGGCCAGAACAAACAAAUGGCCUAUCUAGUUCGGAGAUCGCCGCUAUUAAGCGGCGAUGUGCAGCUAGUCUUCUGGCUGUGAUCCCGCGCACUGUCGCACGAACCCUCUUUGGCGUUCCGCCGCCAGCCAGCAGUGAUCGUACCUGCAGCGCCGCCACUGGGAACUCACCCUCCUCCACCAUCAGCUUCCCGUCCCCACCCUCAUCAGUCGAUGAGGGUGGUGGGGGCCGCCAACGAUCUUCAUUACAGGGCAAGGGAACUGUAAAGCCGUCGCAGACGUCAGCACUGUCGUCCUCCGCUUCUACCCUUCCAGGGCCAAUCAACGGAACUGGCAAUGCUCCCGCUGCCCAGGGUACAGACGAGCAGGACGACGAGUCCGAUGUUGACCCGGAGGAGUUGUACUUCCUGGAGGCCAUCGAGACCGAUCUAUUGGAUCUCCUCGCUGACGAGUACUGUAACAAGCACCUGGUCUACUCUAUCAUUGAGACCAUCUUGGCCAGACUCCUCCCUGAGAUGACUGAGCGCAGCAUCGAAGACCUAAUGGAGGAUCGCGGGGUUGCCUCCGUUCCCGGAGGCUUCUAA